AAACCCCUUCAGCAUCUCUAAUCUCUAUCCUGCCACUUUCCGAAAGUCCAACCCCUUCCGGGAUAACAAUCUGCCCAACAUGCGUUUCGACAUCGCGACCGUCCUGGUGUUUGCGGCCAUGGCUACUGCUAGCGCUAUCCCGCACGACCAUGGCGAGGAUUUGAGCUCCCCCGCCCCGAGGAGGCCUCUAGACAAGCGGGACAGCUACGACUGCAAAGGCAGCAGCAUGUGCUCCUCCAUGCAGGUCAAGUACUGUGACGAUGCGGUCAACAGCAAACUCAUUAGAAAUAAUGAUGUCAACUACGGUGCACCCGGGAGUGGCCGGCCCCAGACCGGAGCCUGCUCGAACAUUUUUGCCGGGUAUGGUUGCGGCGUCUUCAUUCAGGGCAAGUCUCAUUGUGCGCGGACGGGCAACGAGAUGUGGCAGGAUUAUCAGGAUAUUCGCAGCAAUGACUGCAAAAAAUGCGGUACCAAGCAUUGGGGUGAUGGUUGCAUGACCACCAUCAACUACGUGUCUGGCUGCUAA